GGGGCUGCCCGCACCCGCGUCCCGCACCCGCGCCCGCGCCCGCGCCGGGCAUGUAGCGGCGGCAGCAGCGGCGGGCGCCGCGGCGGAAUAUGGGCGGGAACCACUCCCACCAGCCCCCCGUGUUCGACGAGAAUGAGGAAGUCAACUUUGACCAUUUUCAGAUUCUGCGGGCCAUUGGUAAAGGGAGUUUUGGAAAGGUAUGCAUCGUGCAGAAGCGAGACACUAAGAAAAUGUACGCGAUGAAGUACAUGAACAAGCAGAAGUGUAUCGAGAGGGAUGAAGUUCGGAACGUCUUCCGGGAACUCCAGAUCAUGCAGGGGCUGGAGCAUCCUUUCCUAGUCAAUCUGUGGUACUCCUUCCAGGACGAGGAGGACAUGUUCAUGGUGGUGGACCUGCUGCUGGGAGGGGACCUGCGCUACCACCUGCAGCAGAACGUGCAUUUCACCGAGGGGGCUGUGAAGCUGUACAUCUGCGAGCUGGCCCUGGCCCUGGAGUAUCUGCAGAGGUACCACAUCAUCCACAGAGACAUCAAGCCAGACAACAUACUGCUGGAUGAACACGGGCACGUCCACAUCACAGACUUCAACAUAGCGACAAUCGUGAAAGGCACGGAAAAAGCUUCCUCCAUGGCCGGGACCAAGCCCUACAUGGCUCCAGAAGUGUUCCAGGUGUAUGUGGACGGAGGCCCCGGGUACUCAUACCCUGUGGACUGGUGGUCCCUGGGUGUCACGGCCUACGAGCUGCUGCGGGGCUGGAGGCCGUAUGAGAUCCACUCGGCCACGCCCAUCGAUGAGAUCCUCAGCAUGUUCAAGGUGGAGCGUGUCCACUACUCCUCCACCUGGUGCAAGGGGAUGGUCGCCCUGCUGAAGAAGCUCCUGACCAAGGACCCCAAGAGCCGCCUGUCCAGCCUCGGUGACGUUCAGAGUGCACCCUACUUGGCCGACAUGAACUGGGACGCGGUGUUUGAGAAGGCACUGACGCCCGGCUUUGUGCCCAAUAAAGGGAGACUGAAUUGCGAUCCCACAUUUGAACUGGAAGAAAUGAUUCUCGAGUCCAAGCCGCUUCACAAAAAGAAGAAGAGGUUGGCAAAGAACCGCUCCAAGGAUGGCACAAAGGACAGCUGUCCUCUGAAUGGCCACCUCCAGCAGUGCUUGGAGACCGUGCGGAAGGAGUUCAUCAUAUUCAACAGGGAGAAGCUGAGGAGGCAGCAGGGGCAGAGUGGCCAGCUCUUGGACCCGGAAGGCCGAGCUGGGAGCCAGCAGAGCAAGCUGCAGGACGGGUGCAACAACAACAUCCUCGCCCACGCCUGCUCCCGAGGCUGCAGCAGCUAAGCCGCCACCUGCAGCUGCUCGGCGGGACUGCACACAUCUCUGCCCUGCCCACCGACAGCCCGUCUCUAUGCCACGAGGGCCCCUGUCUCACCCCUGACCACAUCAGAUGCAGAGAGAGCCCUGGGCUUGGAGCGGGGAAGCCAGGCUUCUGGUCCCAUCUGCCCAACUGACUCCCUGCACGACCUUGGACAAGGCUUGCCCUUCCUGUGCCUCAGUUUCUGCAUCUGCCAAAGAGGUCCAACAGCUCUCCGCCCCACCUCUGAUUAAAAGGAUUGGGGGAAUCCAAUUGGGUAGCAGACAUCCAAAACCUUUGCCAUUUAUAAAAUUGUUCAUACAUGCAAAAUCUACCCUUAAUAUUUAAAUGUACUCCCACCCCCCAAAGCAAUUAGACCAUCACAACUUUGCAGUGCAGGCCAUCCUGGCUUAUCAGAUAGUAUUUCUGAAAAUGUGGCCGGACAGCACAGUAAACAUCUGAUGUGGCUGCCCUUCCUAUGGAAACACCAUUCCCGAAUCCUGGAGCAAAACCCGAAGUGUCUUCAUUUGCGUUCUCUGCCCGGCCAGUCCUUCUGACCUCAGAUGGUGCGGCCUGCAGCCCAGCCUGGUCCCCAAGGUCUUGGUGCUGCGGAUGCACUUUUCCCUCAUUCGCAGAGGACCACCCACCCCCCUUUAAUUUCAGCAGGUCCCACCCCCACUCCACUCCGGGUGCUGGGAUGGCAUGUAGAUGCCCAUUCAGAAGGUCAAGCCACCGAGCAUCCGUCCCUCCCUUAGAGUUUUGUCAGAGUUCCUCCCCAAACCCCGCAGAACUCUGAGUCUCCAUCCACUUCCAGGAUUUGUUUCCUGGGAAGGGCGUAAAGUCGUCUCAUCAGCAUUGUCUCAAAGAGGGUCCCCAACUGCCACUGACAAGGUGGCCCCAUAUUGAUGAAUCAGGAAGUCUGCGUGGUUAGAACAUUUACCCGGAGAACAGUGGGUUCCCACAGAAACAAACGGCUUUAUGGUCUGUUCGGGGGUCACUUUGCCUUUGAAUUGGGAGAUGCUGUGGCAUCGAGGAUGAAGCUUAGACUUGGAGUCUGGCUUGUGUUCAGAUCCAGCCCUGCUGUCUGCUAACCGGUGACCUUAGCAAAUUGCCUAAUCACCUGCGUGUCAGUUUCCUCGUUUUAAAGCGAGGCUAAUAAAACUAACCUUGCGGGGUUGUUACAGGGUUAAUACCCUCCUGUGUGUAACGCACCCAGCACAUACUGCUCACUGAAUGGUAGCCGUCUCUUCUGAGCAGCAGCAGAGUCAUUUGGAGACCAUGUCCUAAGUCACUCAUUUGGCAGGUCCGUGUUCUGUAGAAACAAGCCUGGUGUUUAGGACUCUGUGAACUUUUCUUCCUGGAGUCUUUGAUAUCCGUAUAUCCCCGUUAAUGUUCAAUUGUGUUUUUAUGUUUUUAUCCAAUUUCACUUUUUACAUCAUAAAUCAAUCGUUGGGACUGUCAACGUCAUCUCUUAGAUUUCUUAAGAGACAUUUUAAUGUAUGCUGUGGUUUUAUAUUUUUAUUUAAAAAAAGAAACGGUCAUUGUUUUCCUCCUUUGAACCGAGGCCAGUUCUCGCGUGCGUUGUCCACAGAAGUCUACUUGUCUUGCACAGUUUUCAUUCUUCACUCCCUGUUGGCACUGUCCUGUCCCCUCCAGGAAGUAACGGGGCUGCUUCUCUCUCCGCUGUGACGGCGGCACGUGGGACUUCUCACUGGGCUGAGUCCGCGCGUGUCGGGCAGGAGCCCGAAGCAGCCCGAGAACCACUGCGUUUCC